CUCCGCGCCGCCAUGUCCGCCCCAGGCAGCGGCGGCGAGUUCGGCAACCCGCUGCGGAAGUUCAAGCUCGUCUUCCUGGGCGAGCAGAGCGUUGGGAAGACGUCUCUGAUCACCAGGUUUAUGUAUGACAGUUUCGACAAUACUUACCAGGCAACCAUUGGAAUUGAUUUCCUGUCAAAAACAAUGUAUCUUGAAGAUCGCACGAUCAGGCUGCAGCUGUGGGAUACAGCCGGCCAGGAGAGGUUCCGCAGCCUCAUUCCCAGCUACAUCCGUGACUCUGCUGUGGCUGUCAUUGUCUUUGACAUUACAAGUUCGGCUGCAGCUCUGGGACACAGCAGGCCAGGAGCGGUUCCGCAGCCUCAUUCCCAGCUACAUCCGCGACUCCACUAUUGCUGUGGUAGUCUAUGACAUUACAAACUUGAAUUCCUUCCAGCAGACCUCCAAGUGGAUUGAUGAUGUUCGGACAGAGAGGGGAAGUGAUGUCAUCAUCAUGUUGGUGGGGAACAAAACUGAUCUGGCAGACAAGAGGCAAAUCACUACAGAAGAAGGGGAACAGAGAGCCAAAGAGCUGAAUGUGAUGUUUAUUGAGACCAGUGCAAAGACUGGAUACAAUGUGAAACAGCUAUUCCGUCGUGUGGCUGCUGCCUUACCCGGGAUGGACAGCACACCAGAGAAGAGCAAAGAAGACAUGAUUGACAUCAAACUAGAGAAGCCUCCUGAGCAGCCAGUAACGGAGAGCGGUUGCUCCUGCUAACAGGCCCGUUCUGUAGCAGCACAUUCCCCAGCUGGCCAGUCUCACUGAAGAACAUCACUGCUCAUUGGCUAGGCAACCCUACUUUGGGCUGAAAAAACAACCUACUAAGCGAGCGAACUCCCUGUUUAUGGUGGGGAGCAGCCCUGGCCGCCCCUCUUACUGCAUGGUAUGAGCCUUGAGUGCAGAAUGAGUGUCCUGUCUUUUAUUUUAUUUUUUUAUGUUGUUGCACUUUGGCACCGUGGUGCCCUUUACACUCCCUCUUUCUCUCUCUUCCUCUCCUCCCCUUUCCCACCUUGAGCCUGUCUGCUCAGAUGUAUCAUGUGAAUGCAAUGGAAAAGCCACCAAGUUAGGGAAAA